AUGACAUCUGAGGCAAAUACAACAGAAAUAAACCUAACACAAGACACACAACAAAUUCAACUUCAUAAAAAACAACAAAGCAAAGCAACAAUCAUACCAUCAGAGCUAAUAUUUCAUAUAUUCAAAUUUGUUACAUCUACAACAGAUUUAAAGUCAUGCAUUUUAGUUUGUAAAACAUGGUGUUGCUGUGGAGUUGAACUUUUGUGGCAUAAACCCAUUUUUACUGGAAAUGUUUCUCUCAUUAGGCUACUAGUAAUAAUAUCGCGAACAAAACAAACUUUUCCUUACCCGCUUCUUAUUCGUCGUCUUAAUUUUUCUUAUUUGGGAGAAAAUCUUAGUGAUCAGAUUCUUAUUAGGCUAAGUUCUUGCGAAAGAUUAGAAAGGUUGACACUUGGAGGGUGUAGAAAGUUGACAGAUGAAGGUUUAUUAAAAUUAUUAGAUAAAUCUGAAGGCUUGAUAGCAUUGGAUGUGUCUGAUAUUGAAAAUUUGACUGAUGUUAUAAUUGAAUUGGUGGGCGAACGAUGUAGAAGAUUACAAGGUUUGAAUGUAAGCAUGUGCAAAAAGAUUACAGAUAAAGGAAUUACAGCUAUUGCAUCAAAAUGUAAAGGCUUGAGAAGGGAUAUUACCAACAAAUCUGUUAUUGAUUUAGCUGAAAAUUGUCCUCACUUAUUAGAAUUAGAUCUUACCAGUUGUCACCAAAUCACAGGUGAUGCAAUUCAAUCAGUUUUUGAAAAUUGUAGCCAACUAAGAGAACUUCGCCUUGCUUGUUGUAGAUAUUUGACUGAGGAACCUUUCAUCAAAGCAAUGCCAAUACCGUUUGAACAAUUACGUGUCCUUGAUCUUACAUCAUGUGCAAUGAUCACUGAUCAAGCAAUAAAAAAAAUAGUUUAUUGCUCACCGAAAUUGCGAAAUUUAGUUUUGGCCAAAUGCACCAACAUUACAGAUGAGGGAGUUAAUUAUAUCGUAAGAUUAGGCAAACAUUUGCACUAUCUUCAUUUAGGCCAUUGUUCAAAUAUCACAAACGAGUCAAUAGUUCAAUUGGCACGUCAUUGUACCAGGUUGAGAUAUCUUGAUCUUGCUUGUUGUACACUCUUAUCGGACAGAUCAGUUUUUGAAUUGUCACACCUUCAAAAACUUCGUCGUAUUGGGUUGGUGAAAUGUACAUUGAUUACUGAUCGAGCCAUUCAUGCAUUAAUUGAGAACAGAGCAGUCACACACACUUUAGAACGUGUGCAUUUGUCAUAUUGUGCACGGCUUACGAUUCCAGCAGUUUCAGAAUUACUUAAUUCUUGUCAUCGUCUAACACAUCUUUCUUUAACUGGCGUACCUGCUUUCCUAAGACCAGAUGUGCAAAAAUUCUGUAGACGACCACCAAAAGAAUUCACACUUCAUCAACAACAAGUUUUUAACGUUUUUAGUGGUAAGGGAGUCAAGGAAUUGAGAUCAUGUUUAAAAGCCAUAGUUUUUUUAAAUCAACAGCAACAACAAGAUGCGUCUGCUAAAGCAUUUUUAAAACAAUCGACUAGAAGUUGUGAACGUGAUGUAUUUAAUUAA